GCUUAUCGAGAAUAAUGAAAUGAAUAAUGAAAUGUUAAUUGUAAAUUAUUAUUCUAAUGAUAAUUAGAGAAAAUAAAUUUUAAAAUAGAGUGUAAUGUUUUAACAAACAUAACAAAAAAUGUACUUGAUACAGAGACUUUACUAUCUUAAAUAAAAAUUGACAACAAUAGUCUAUCAUUAGUUUCAACGAACACUCCAUUUGUUUGAAAACAAAAUAUGGCGACUUCCAAAAGAAAAGACGAUGGAACUGAUGCUACAAAUGGACAUUACGACUCCGAGAAAGAAAAACAUUCCUCUUAUAAGAGAUCGGAAAACCAGAAAAAAUUACCUAUACAAAUUGAACAAAGUACUUCAGAAUUAAUUAUUAGCAUAAUUAGAGAUGGUAUUGAUGGUUUUAUUUUUUGGAGUAUUUUUCAAGCUUUGGCAGCAAUGAUCUGGUUUUUCCCAUUAAAUGAACUAGAAAUAUCAGGAUAUGAAGCAUUUGCUGCUGUCUGGCUGUCUCCAGUUCUUUGUCUGGUGCCAGGGGUACACAGUUUUCUACAAGAGAAAAAGGUUUUAAUAGUCCUGCGUCUGUUAACAGUUGUUUGUUUAGCAUCAUUCCAAGCCUCCACAACUCUUUCACGUCUUGUUAUUCUUGCAAUAGGAGCUGGUGUGUCCAUGUUAGUUCUGGUGGCUACACUGUGGCAUUCAUCUACGGCUAUCAGGUAUAGAACAUACUGGAGUUUGAUUCUUGGGCUGAAUGCCUUUUUAGCUAGUCGUGUCUGGUACUUGACUUUUGUGCCUACCUGGUGGGAUAAUAUGACCAAUUCCAUUGUGAUUGCUUUUGGGGUCAUCUCUGUGAUUUCCAGUAGUUUAGAAGAUGUAUAUAAAUCUCAAGACAAAGUUCCAAUCCAGUCCAGUAGUUUGAAGUCUGUUGCCUGUGGCAUUGGGUUAGGUAGCAUUCUGUAUUUGACACAUAUGUGUCUAGGUGAGGCGUCACUUAUCACUCGAUGGACUGUGAAAAGUUAUCCAGACACAGGACCACUUCCUCUCCCGUGGGGUUCCUGUGUUCUUGUUGCUGUUCUACUUGGAUCUCUGGUGAGGAUUCACAUUGCACCUUUAGUAACUGUUGUGGCAGCUACACUCUGUAUUUAUACUUUGUUACUGUGUCCGAAUCCUUGGCUUGGAUUUACUGCUGGCUGUGUCUUGGCUUACCUGAUUAUGUGUUUGUGGCCUGUUGUUAUUGACUCACUGACUGAAUGCAAACCUGGAGUAUGUCUCACUGUUGCCAGUAUUACUUAUAUUUUUCAGGUUUUAUUUUGGGUUUGGACUGUAGCUUUUAACUUUGUGCCUUAUGGAGAACACACCAGGGAACAUACAGAUUGGUUGCUUGGUCUAGUCAUGGCAGGAGUGGCUCUGCUGGUUCUGUGCUCCAAUUCCUCGCCAGGCUGUGUCACUCGGUACGACAAGAAGGACAAGUCUGUACCAUCGUGUACUCUUUAUGCAAAAGUGAUUUUUCUUGUAUUUCUCAUUGGCCAACUUGGCAUGUAUCAAAGAUACAUAAAAUAUAAGCCAGGACCAAGUGAUAAGCCCAACCCCAAAAUGUUCACUGCUGCAAUAUGGACUUAUCACUUCGGUUAUGACAACCGUGGUUGGCCAAGCAUGGAAAGGGCUGCAACAAUGCUGAAUGACACAGGAGCUGAUGUGAUCACAUUGUUAGAAAGUGAUGCCUCUAAACCUUUCCUGGGCAACAACGACCUGGCCACUUGGCUAGCGGAGAAACUCAACUUUUAUGUGGACUUUGGACCUUCAACAAAAGACCACACUUGGGGAAAUCUGAUUCUGUCCAAGUAUCCAAUAGUCAAGUCAACUCACCAUCUGCUGCCUUCACCACAUGGAGAGCUUGCCCCCGCUGUAACGGCCAGCAUAAAUAUUAGUGGCACAAUUGUGGAUUUUGUUGUGACUCACAUGGGGAACGACAGAGAUGUUCUAGACAGGAAGCUACAAGCCGAGUUCCUAGCAAAGGAACUCAAGAACUCCCUCAAUCCUGCAGUGUUUCUUGGCUAUGUGACAUCAGCCCCAAAAAGUGAAAAUUACUAUCAUUUGUUGAGAGAAGGCCAGAUGAAGGAUAUAGACCCAACUGACGAGGAUCGAUGGUGCCAGUAUAUUAUGUACAAGAAACUUAUUAGACUUGGAUACGCCCGAAUCUCUCACGGAGGUCUCAGUGACACAGAAGUUCAACUUGGAACUUUUCAAAUACCAGAGGACUUGAAUGAUUAUGAAGACAAAGAGAAAGUGACCAUUAGCCCCAAGAGACAGCAGAUAGAUGCCACUAUACUCUUUAAUGAGAAGUUUGGUUCCUACCAUAAAGGUCAUGGUUACUUCUCCAAUCAUGGGUUUCAUAUGGGCACUCCCAAAUAUUUCUAUAACUGAGCGCAACCUGUUUGAAUCCUGAACUAAGUCAGCUGCAUCAAAGCCUUUUUAUAUUGAAUCAUUCUAAUUUACAAUAUUUUAUUUUUUAUACAUUGUGAUAAUUUGUUUGUGAUGCAGUCAACAAGAAAACUGUCUGGCUAAACAAUGGUUAAGUCUUUCCCAGGAGUGAGCUUAACCCAAUAGCUCCUAUUUCCGGUUCAAAAAACCCCUUUCAAAGUCCUAAGCAAGGAGGGAUAACUCCGUAUUUAAAAAAUCCUUAAAAAUAUGUAUUUUGCAAAAAAUAAUCAAAUUGAAGAUCAAAUACACAUAAACAAACAGAUAACUUUAAAAAAUAGAACUAUAUGUCUAGUUUUAAAAUAUAUAUACGUUUAAUACCACUAGAUUAUAAAAAACUUCAAAAAUACUCAUUUUCCCACGUGGGGGCUUAUACACUGGGGCUAUGGGCCUGUUCGUUUGAAAAAUUAUUUAAAAAAUAAAAACCUUCCCGAUUUUUAUUAAAAAUAGAAUCGGGAAUCUCCAAAAUUAUUUGUAAUCACGCUUGCAACGAGACUAGAAGAAAUCUUGUUUUUAAAAAGUUUAAAUCAAGUCUAUUGAAUAGGGGGUUUUAGAAACGUUCUACAACGGUUUAGGACAAAAACGGGAAAAUGUUUCCAACUGCAGAAGGAGCUAAUGGGUUAAGCUGUAUCUCACAAAUGGAGUUGAGCUUAAGCUGUAUUUCACAAACACCAACUUUCAGAGACUAAAUGACUUGAGUUUUGUUUCUAUGGGCAGAAUAAGGGUAGACAACUGGUCUUAUUUUGAAUAAAAUUAUCAUUUCUCUCGAGUGUGAUAUGAAUCUUGUUGAGCGAGCCACUCUUAUCAAUUGUUACUGCAUCAAAGUGUCCCACUGCUGAGAAGAACUGUGUGUGCCUGGCGAAGUUUUGUUUUCUUCUUGUUAAAACAACUCCAGAAAUAUUUUUUUGACCUCUUCAAUUGGGCAAUAGUUUUCUAAAAACAUUCAGUUUGACCUCCACCUGUUUUGUGCCUUUCAAUCAUCUCAAAGCAAAUUUGUUUACCGAACUUUUUUUUUUGUCCCGAUGUGUAAUUAUAUGCGUAAAAUUUUUUUUUUGCAAGAAAAACUGCCUUAAAAGUGACCUAUACAUAUUUCUUUGCUUUAAAAUAUUUAUAUAUAAACAAUUUGAUAUCAUGAUUGUUUCGAUUAUAUAUUGCUAAAUGUAAUUGGUUAUCAUGCUUACAUAAAUGUUUAUAUUACAAUUCUGUAGUAAUUCAGCUACAAGCAACACAGCUAAAACUUUUUUUUUUUCAUUAAAAUUCAAAGUUUAUUUUUUGUUGUUUUUGCUAUGCGAAUAAAAUACAAAUUAUUUAUGCAUUUUA